UCUGUUUACAUUUUGGUACAUUUGCAUUCAUUACAGUAUGGCACUAGUGUUGCUUCCUAUCAGUGUCGAAACUAUCACGAUAAUCAUUUGUUGAUAUAUUUUAAUCAAUUUUUGAUCUAAGUGCAUUUGUACUGUUUUACCAACUUAAAUCUACGGUCGUUUAUGUUAAAGCUGUGUAUACAAGGUAUAAUCCCGAGCAUCAUAUAGUCCCCACCAGUGGAUAAUAAAAAAAGGAUGGAAGCCGAACUCCUGCAAGAGCAAAUGCUACUGAACUGCCUGCGCCAGCAGCUAGACGAGUUCCACAUGCUGUCCUCGAUAUUCUGCAACCCGGGCGAACUGCACGUGGACGACUACAGCUUCGUGGACAACAUCAACGCAUACAUCGAAGGCGAAACGAAGAGACUGAACGCUAAGCUGGACUACCAACUCAACCUACCACUGCUGAGUGCGGAAAAGGUACAAAUUCGCAUCGAGCUACCUCAUCUCUAUCCGGGCAUAGAAAUUCCACUUUUUGUGGUUCGCUCGGCUUGUUUUCCCCGGGACCAGGAGCGUCUGAUUACGGAAAGAAUCGAACGCUACAUCGACCGAGAAGUGGUGGACAAGAGCGAACCCUAUGUGUUCCAGAUCGUGUCCUGGAUUCGGGACAACUUUGGGGAUUUGACCAAAUUCGAGGACGCCAUCAAGCCUCAGGAUCAGCCACCGAACAGUGUGACCCAAGGCACGAAAAGCGACACUUUUGAAAGGUUAUGGAUUUACUCCCAUCAUCUGAAAAGUAAAACCAAACGGCAGACCAUACUGAAAACAGCGCGGGACUUGGAUCUGUCGGGGUUUUCGAGGCCUGGCAAACCGGCGGUCAUAUGCGUCGAGGGUCGUCAGUCGGAUACGCAAGAGUUUUGGCGUACGAUUAGACCUAUGAAGUGGCAGAAGAUUCAAAUCAAACUGGCCGAAGUGGAGCCACUGGAAUUAGGCGGCGGCGAAGCGGUGGAUGGGAGAAGACGUUUUCAAGGUUUCCGCGAGGAGCUGUUCACUGAAGUGAACGACGAGAACGACGAGGAAGUGCCUAUGAGUAUGAGUUUAUUUAUGAAAUUUUUGGAUAAGCACGACAGUGGGUACAUUAGGAAGGACAUUUUUGGGUUCGAUCAAACAGAGAAUGUAGUGUAAAUGUUGUGUGUAUUAUGCCGGAAAAUUUUUCGGGUGCAAUGUCGUUGAUAUGUAUUUUUAAUAUAUUUAAUAAAGAAUUCAGUUACCUUCAGCCGUUUCAGCGUAAA